AUGACAAUUUCCCAGUUUCAUCAAAGUCUCCGCAAAGACCCCUCCCUCGGCCCAGUCCUACUAAACAAAUACAUCGAGGCAAUCACCCACCACGACCAAACCCUUAAAUCUAUCAUCACACUCAACCCACAUGCCCAAACCGAAGCAACCCAAAAGCAAUCCGACUCAAAAUCCCACAUAACAUCAAACUCCGCCUUCCCACCCCUCCACAGCAUCCCCAUCAUCCUGAAAGACAACUACACAACAAACAACCUCCCAACAACAGCAGGCGUCAAAGCCCUAUCAACCCUCCAAGCCCCAGACAACAAAGUCGUAACUCGCCUCAAAAAAGCAGGCGCAAUAAUCCUCGCAAAAGCAAACCUUCACGAAUUCGCCCUCCAGGGAAUAACCCUCUCCUCCCGCCGCGGCCAAACCAUAAAUCCCUACGAUCCUACCCGCACACCGGGCGGAUCGUCCGGCGGGACAGCCGCCGCUAUCGCAGCGGGCUUUGGCCUCCUCGGUUGCGGAACGGAUACGGUCAAUUCGGUGCGCUCGCCGGCGUCGGCUUGCGGUAUUGUGGGCUUUAGACCCUCGACGGGGCGCGUGCCGUGUGACGGUAUCGUGCCGGUUUCUAAGACGCAGGAUGUUGCUGGGCCUAUGGGGACUUGUGUGGCUGAUGUAAGGGUUUUGUAUCGUGUUAUGGCGGGGCUUGAGCCUGCGUCUGUGUCUGCAGCUGCGAGAAAGUCUAAGGUGAGGAUUGGUGUGCUGGAUGCGUAUUUCUUGCCGGAUGAGGGCGCCGACGAGGAGGUUAUGGCGGAGAAUGGUAUCGUGCAGGGCAUUGUUAGGAGUGCGCUGGGGGAUAUCGGAGAGGACGAGGAUAUUGUCUUAGUUCCUGUUUCUGCGUCUUGUCAUCCGGACUGGAGUUUCGGGACGCUUUUGGAGAAGGGCGAUACGCAGGCUUUCGAGUUCAGGGAUUGUCUUGAUGAGUUCUUGCAGAUGGAACAUGUUGAGUCGCCGCAUCGGUCGCUGGAGUCUGUUGUGCGGAGCGGCGAGUUUUCUAGAGAGGCUGUGACUGAGGUCUUUACGGCUGGAUUGGAAGAUCCUGAUACCUAUUCGAUGACGAGUAAGGCAUAUUUGGCGCGGUUGGCGUUUAUCGAGUCUCUUAAGAGUUCUGUGCAGGAGUGUUUCGAGGCGUAUGAGCUUGAUGCGCUGUCGUAUCCGCAUCAGAGACAGUUGCCUGUUAAGCUUGGGGCGAGGAAGCAGUGUGGUCGGAAUGGGCUUUUGGCUGCUUUGACGGGGAGGCCGGCUAUUUGUAUUCCUGCUGGACGAAGCCCUAAGACCGCGUCUGCAGUGCUUGGUGUUCCUGUUGGACUGGAGUUCAUGGGUCGACACUGGGGUGAAGAUGAGCUGUUGGAUCUUGCGGAGCGUGCAGAGCGCAUUCUGCAGAUUCAACAGGCUCCUGAUCUGGGCUUUGUUAGUCAGACAUGA